UGCGUAUUGGCAACAAGUUCUUUCUCCAGCUCGUCGCGUUCUAACAACUGGCGAUCUAGCUUCUGUGGAUGGAUUCUUCAGUGGAGGAUUGUUCUUCCGAUACGCUUGGGUUUAUGGAGCUUGCUAUUCUUCAGGCCAAACUCGCACUAAACAGCCUUGAAGUGCCUGUGGGCUGUGUGAUUGUUGAAGAUGGGAUGGUCAUUGCCACUGGAAGAAACCGCACUAACGAGACCCGAAAUGCUACCAGACAUGCAGAGAUGGAAGCGAUCGAUAUCCUGAUUGAGGCAUGGCAGAGGGAUGGACUUUCAACCUCAGAAGUGGCUGAUAAAUUCUCGAAGUGCAAACUUUAUGUUACCUGUGAACCAUGCAUUAUGUGUGCUUCUGCCCUAUCAAUACUCGGUAUAAAGGAAGUAUAUUAUGGUUGUGCAAAUGAUAAAUUUGGUGGAUGUGGAUCUGUAUUGUCGCUUCACUUAGGUAGCCGGGAGGCGCCUACAAGUAGUAAUGGGCAAGGAAGGGGAUUCAAAUGUACUGCAGGAAUUAUGGCAUCCGAAGCAGUUGCUCUUUUUCGAACUUUUUACGAACAGGGGAAUCCCAAUGCUCCAAAGCCUCACAGGCUCCUUGGUAACCAUCAGGCGGGUCAAUGAGAGAAAUGAGGUCACUUUUGCUUAUGAUUCUGUUCCUGUCAAAAGAGCUUUUGAAACUGGCAAAGGCAUCCCCAUGUAGUUCAUAUCUCAAACAAUGGAGUUUUGAGCUUGAAGGUACCAACCUCGAGGUCAUUGCUAUACAAUCUGAGAGUAUGAUAUUUCUAUCCACUUAGCAUUGCAUCAACCAGAAAAUAUUCCUCGAAUCAAAUGUCUGCAAAUAGAUUAUGCUGGAAAUUCAUAUUGGUAGGGGGGUAGUAGUGAUUGAAGCAGAGAUGUUGAUGUGUGAGGAACGAGAGAAGAUUGAAGAGAAAACAAAAGACCUGAGGAAAAUCUUCCACAGAAUAUGGUGGCUUACAAUUAUCACUUUCUAGUGCCUAAUAUGAGCUUAGUUCAAUAGUUUAGGUAUCUCUACUUCUUUCCAUCGUCAUAAACGCAAGUGUAUUGAACCAUUUAUUUGUCACAACUUGUGCACACAUGUUCCUAACACGGACCAUUUUGUUGACGGAAUCAAGUAUCGUUUGUAUUCUCCAUUAGUGUCUAUACUAUACGUUACUCAAAAUAAAUCGACCUCCGAUACGUUGUGUAUGUUGAUUUUGAACAGUUGUCACUAAACGAUUGUAACAAUAAUUCUUGAA